UUUAAAUCCAAAUGAUCAUUGAAGAGAGUGAAUUUGAUAAACAAAUAAAUGAUCUCUUGAAUAAAGAAAAGACAGCUCGUUUAGCAAAUAAUCUAGUUGAAACACUAAAAGUGACUAAAUAAAUUGGCAGAUUGUGUUUUGAUACAAAAUAAUACUCAAAAUUUAAUGAAUUGAUAGUAUCACUUAGUAAAAAGAGAGGAUAACCAAAAAAAGCAUAAAUCGAACUUGUUUAAAUGGCAAUGAUAGAAUUAAAAACACUUCCAAUAAAUCAAAAAUUAGAAAUGAUUGAUGCUAUAAUGAAAGUAUGUGAAAAGAAGAUUUACUUAGAAGUUGAGUAUGCACGUUGUGUUUUAAUGCUUACUCAAUAUAAGGAAGAUGAUAAUUAAAUUGCUGAUGCUGCUAAAAUUUUGUAAGAAGUUUAAGUUGAAACAUAUGGAUCUAUGGAUAAACGAGAAAAAUUAGAAUUUAUAUUAUAUCAAAUGAAAAUCAUGAUUAAAAAACUAGAUUAUGUGAGAUUGUUCAUUAUUUCAAAAAAGAUAGAACCAAAAAAUAUUGAAGAUGAAAAUAUUGCAGAUCUCAAGAUUAUUUAUUAUUCAUUCUUAGUUAUUUACUAUAGACAUGAGAAUAAUUAUUAAGAGACUGCACAUGCUUAUUCAAAAAUACUUGAAUCAUUGCAUAAAAAUAGAUAAUUAGAGGCUACAAAAGUUGAUUUUAAUUUUAAAAUUGAUUAUAAUACAAUUCUAGAAAAUUAUACCCUUUACACUAUCUUAAGUUAAUAUUCUGAUGAAAAGGUAUCUUAAUUUAUAUAAUAAUAAAUUAGUAAAAAUCAUUAUAGAAAAUUGUAUCAACUUAUAAAUAUGGACUUGAGGCAUUACCUAAUCUUUUAUAAUUGAUUUAAGCCUUUUUAGGAACAGAGCUAAUUAGCACUGAACCAUAAACUCAUAAUAUUCAAGCAGCUGAGAUUUUUGAUGAGAGUUUAGAAAAUAAUCAAUAACGAUAUAAAGGUAAAGAGAUACUUAUAAUUUUUAGAUUUUAGAAGAUAAUUGAUCCAUCAUAAUUUAAGAGUAUUUUAAAUUUAUUAUGAUUCUGUUUAUUUAAAUAGAAUUACAGAAUUAAUUGGUAUUAAUACAUAAGAAUUGGAAGAAGAAAUUUGUAUAAUGAUGGAUUAAAAAGUAUAAUAUUGUGAUAAAAUAAAAGUUGCUAAAAUGUAAGAUUGAUCGAAUAAAGGGAAUAGUAGAUUAUUAGUUAAAGAAAAAUGAAAAUGAUGUUCUUUAAGAGUGGGGUGAUAAUGUAAAUAAGGUUUUAAAUUUGAUUGAUUUAACAAGCAAUUUGAUAAAAAGGGAAGAAGAAUUAUUUUUAUGAGCAAAAUCAAUCAAUA